AUGGCUGAUGAUAUAUUUGAUGAAGAGUGUGAUUAUCUUUUUAAAGCAGUUGUAAUAGGAGAUUCAGGAGUUGGGAAAUCAAAUCUAAUAUCAAGGUUUACAAAAGAUGAAUUCAGAAUUGAUUCUAAGCCAACCAUAGGUGUUGAAUUUGGUUACAAGAACAUCAAGGUUAGAGACAAACUCAUCAAAGCACAGAUAUGGGACACUGCCGGUCAAGAGAGGUUUAGAGCUAUCACAAGCUCAUACUAUAGAGGAGCAUUAGGAGCAAUGCUAGUUUAUGACAUAACAAAAUUAUCGACAUUUGUUAACAUAAAAAAAUGGUUACAUGAGCUAAGAGAAUUUGGAAAUGAAGACAUGGUGAUAAUUCUAGUAGCAAAUAAAUCUGAUUUGAGUCAUUCAAGGGAAGUUGAGAAAGAAGAAGGAAAAGUGUUUGCAGAGAAAGAAGGUUUAUGUUUCAUGGAAACUUCUGCUUUACAAAAUUUGAAUGUUGAGGAAGCAUUUUUGCAAAUGAUUACUAUAAUACAUGAUAUCAUAAGCCAAAAAAGUUUGGAAGAUAAAAUGAAUGGGCCAAAGUUGAAUCUUAAUAAUGGGAAGGAAAUUUAUAUAGCUGAUGAAGUUACUGCUACUAAACGAGUCAAUUGUUGUUCAAGAUGA